AGAGAGAGAGAGAAAGAGAGAGAGAGAGAGCUGUGUCAUUAUUGUCUUUCCGUUCAUGUUGUUUCCCUGCAAUGCGAGUGGAAGGAGGUAAGAUAUUUCAUCUUAUUCUGCAUCGACGACGCCUUGACGGCAGCAAAGAAAAGCAGGCGGCAAAAAGACAACAAGGGGACAUUUUCCUUCUUUCUUUUCCUCUCUGAACUUGUGUGUCCUUCUUGGACGAUGCGCGGCCUCUGAUCGAGGCGACGAGAAGAGUUCGCAGGACGAACUGAAAUUAGCCCGAAGCCUCUUUUUCUUCUUCCUCCUCCUCCUCCGUCCAACCUUCCAGCAUGUCCUCGCAGGCCAGAGCGAAGAAGGACAAAGAAAUCAUCGCCGAAUAUGAAAGCCAAGUGAAAGAGAUCCGUAACCAGCUGGUGGAGCAGUUCCGUUGCUUGGAGCAGCAGUCGGAGUCUCGCCAGCAGCUGCUGCAGGACCUGCAGGACUUCUUCCGUCGGAAGGCCGAGCUCCAGCUGGAGUUCUCCAGAGGCCUGGACAAACUGGCGGAGCGCUACUCGGCCAAGAUCCGCACUUCCAGAGAGCAUCAGCAUUUCAAGAAGGAUCAAAAUCUCCUGUCCACCAUAAACUGCUGGUAUUUGGUGCUGGACCAGACCAGGCGGGAGAGCAGAGACCACGCCACACUCAGCGACAUCUACAACAACAACGUCAUUGUGCGUCUGGCGCACGUAGGCGAGGAUGUCCUCAGACUUUUCAAAAAGAGCAAAGACAUUGGGGUGCAGAUGCACGAGGAACUGGUCAAGGUCACCAAUGAACUUUACACGGUGAUGAAGACAUACCACAUGUACCACACAGAGAGCAUCAGUGCCGAGAGCAAGCUGAAGGAGGCAGAGAAGCAGGAGGAGAAGCACAUGGGAAAGGCUUGCGACACUAGUAUUGCCUUGCUUCGUCACGGUCAUGACGAGCGCCCACAGCGACGCAGCUCUGUGAAGAAGAUGGAGAAGAUGAAAGAAAAGAGACAAGCCAAGUAUUUUGAAAACAAACUCAAGUGCACGAAGGCUCGUAAUGACUAUCUUCUCAACCUGGCUGCCACUAAUUCCUUGGUGGCUAAAUACUACAUCCAUGAUGUCUCCGAUAUGAUAGAUCAGUGUUGUGAUUUAGGUUUCCAUGCCAGCUUGACACGCACUUUGAGGACCUACCUGUCUGCCGAGUACAGCCUGGAGACGUCUCGCCACGAGGGCUUGGACGUUCUGGAAGGAGCUGUAGAUGCCAUGGACAACCGAGGAGACAAGUUGAAGUUCAUGGACGCACACUCUCAGAUGUUCUGUCCUCCCACACGUUUUGACUAUCAACCGCACAUGGGGGACGAGGUGUGUCAGGUGAGUGCUCAGCAGCCGGUCCAGACGGAGUUGUUGAUGCGCUACCAGCAGCUUCAAACUCGUUUGGCCACGCUCAAGAUAGAAAACGAAGAGGUGAGGAAGACUCUGGACGCCACCAUGCAGACCCUUCAGGACAUGCUGACGGUGGAGGACUUUGACGUCUCUGAGGCCUUCCAGCACAGUCAGUCCACAGAGUCGGUCAAAUCGGCGUCUUCUGACUCCUACAUGAGCAAAGCCAACCUCGCAAGGAGACGAGCCAAUCAGCAGGAGACUGAGGGAUUCUACUUUACUAAAUACAAAGAAUACUUGAAUAGCAGCAACUUGAUUGUCAAACUUCAAGCCAAGCAUGACGUUCUGAAGCAGACGCUGGGAGAAGGGGAGAGGGCAGAAUAUGGAACAACGAGGCCCCCCCGCCUUCCCCCUAAACCCAAGAGAAUGCGGAAGAUUAGACCUCGCUCCGUUUUUAGGCGUAAGCUGUUUAAUGGCAAUAUGGAGGCCUUCAUCCAGGAUUCAGGGCAGCACAUACCAGUGGUGGUUGAAAGCUGCGUCCGAUACAUCAAUCUCUAUGGUCUUCAACAACAAGGGAUAUUCAGAGUUCCAGGAUCCCAAGUGGAAGUCAACGAUAUUAAAAAUGCAUUUGAAAGAGGAGAAGAUCCACUGGUGGAUGAUCAGUCCGAUCAUGAUAUCAACUCUGUGGCGGGCGUUCUGAAACUUUACUUCAGGGGUUUGGAGAAGCCGCUAUUCCCAGCAGAACAUUUCCUUGACCUCAUAUCUACAACAAAGCUGGACUUUGGUUCAGAUCGAGCUCACCACCUUCAGCGGAUUCUUUCCACUCUCGAGCAGCCUGUCGUCAUCGUCCUGAGAUACUUGUUUGCAUUUCUGAACCAUCUCUCCCAGUACAGCGAUGAAAACAUGAUGGACCCAUACAACCUGGCGAUCUGCUUCGGUCCCACACUGAUGCCUAUACCAGACGACCAGGAUCCUGUGGCCUGCCAGGCACACGUGAACGAGGUCAUUAAGACCAUCAUCGUCCACCAUGAGAACAUCUUCCCAAGCCAGCGGGAGGUGGAAGGUCCUGUGUAUGAGAAAUGCAUGGCUGAAGGACAGGACUACUGUGAGAGCCCCCAUAGUGACGCCGGAGCUCUUGAUGAGGUGGACAACGGUACCGGACCCAACACCAGCGAUGACGAGUUGGAGCAGAUCGAGGCCAUCGCCAAGUUUGACUACGUCGGUCGAAGUCCCAGGGAACUUUCCUUCAAGAAGGGAGCGUCGCUCUUACUGUACCUGCGGGCGUCAGACGACUGGUGGGAGGGCCGCCAUAACGGUGUGGACGGUCUGAUCCCUCAUCAGUACAUUGUGGUGCAGGACAUGGACGACGCCUUCUCAGACAGCAUCCCGAGCAGUGAGGCCAGCAGCGGUUACCAUGACGAGCUCUCCACGUCCAGACACGAGCACCAGUCUUUGCCAGAACAUUCUCUGGAACAACGGUUCGGGGCCGCUCUGGGAAGGCUGCGAGUGCGUUCUGAAGGCGCUCCGCUCCAGCGCCAGAGAAACGGCGAAGGUCCGAGCCCCACCAGACACGCCGACCUGCCCCCAAAGGUGGCGCCACGGCCCUGCAGCCCUCACAAAAUGGCGGUAAGCAGAAGCCUGACGGACAGCCCGGAGAAACGGCGUCUCACCACUUUUCAGCGGUCGUCUCUCGCCACGACUCGACACGCCAGCGUUGGAGACCACAAGACUUUCGAAGCUGAAUCGCUCGCUGACGACAUCGAGAAAACCAUGAACACUGCCCUUCAUGAGCUGCGUGAGCUGGAGAGACAGAACGUUGCCAAACAGGCUCCAGAUGUGGUCCUGGACACGCUGGAGCCUCUAAAACACUCUGUUGGUUCUGGUCCUGGUCAGGAGGUACCAGGUAGUCCCCUUCACACCAUGGCCAUCAGAGAUCCCGACGCAGCCCAAAGGAGGAGCAGCAGCAGCUCUUCUUCUGAAACCAUGACGACCUUCAAACCUGCCCUAUCGGCACGAAGGCCCAAUGCGCCCGUCAGGCCGCCACCCGUCAGACCGGUGAGGCCGGCUCCCGUACUCACACAGGGUCAGAACCCGCACCGAUCCAGUAGCUCCAGUUCUUCAGGUCUGGGAAGUCCGGGCAUGACUCCCACUGACAGGGUGUUCCCCAAAGCGCCGUCCCCAUCCCCGUCUAACUCCUCGUCCUCUUCAGACAAACAAGCUAACUUGUAGAAGGCUUGUAAUUUCUCAUACAGUACAGUCACUAUACACCUACUUAUUAGCAUAAAGCCUAAAUGUUGCCAUCAAUCUGACACUCAGUAGAUCAUUGUUACUUGAAAUAUUUCAACAUCAUGGAAUGACUUUGCCAUGAUUAUAACCAGAAUAAAGGAACUAAAUAAACAAUUUAAGCAUAUCAUAAGAAGACAAUGUAAUAAUAUCAACAAUUUCUUUCAUUUUUACUACUGAUUGUUAGUACAAAGUAGUAAAGUUAAUAACAACUUACUCAAAUCCUUCCAUAAUCUUUUUUUUUUUAACCAGAAUUUAAAAAACAAACUUAAACAAGUUACAACAUAUUUCAAAACAUAGAAACACAGAAAAAAAUACUGACACCAUGCUGGAUAUCAAUAUAUCGAUAUUUGGAUCAUUAGCAUAGUUGCUGAAUCUUUAGAUCUUAUACAACUUUUUGCACUACAAAGUACUGCAUUACUUUUAGGGAACAAAUACAUAAUCGGCUGGUACUUUUUAGCGUGUCGUCGUGUUGAACUCUUUUAUCGGAAUUCAAGUCCACCAGCAAGUAUGUGAGGCUAAAAUUGGCAGCUUGGCGCAGCAGGAGGGUGGGGCUUAACGGAAAGGGGCAGGGCCUGGAAUUCACUCCAUACGCUGUGGGGGGGAUUUGAACUGUGUAGUGGCAGUAGAAGUAAACACAACUUAGAUGGCAUAUGUAAAAAAAAAAUUAAAAAAAGACAAUAAAGAGACUUUUAUAGGUCUCGAUUUACGUGACUGCUUCUGGUCCUUCUGUUGUGGCCUCCGCUCAAAUAGACGCAGGGUGUCAAACUCAUUCUAGCCCAAGUGGGCCGGAAUGGUAAAAUGACGGCAUGAUAACUUAAAAAUAAAAACAACUCCAGGUUGUUUUCUUUGUUUUACUUUGGCCAAAAAUUGAAGAAGCACAUUAAAGGGGAACAUUAUCACAAUUUCAGAAGAGUUAAAACCAAUAAAAAUCAGUUCCCAGUGGCUUAUUUUAUUUUUCAAAGUUUUUUUCAAAAUUUUACCCAUCAUGGAAUAUCCCGAAAAAAAGCUUUAAAGUGCCUGAUUUGACUGUACAUCCAGCCGUCCAUUUUCCUGUGACGUCACUGCGUGACGCCAAUACAAACAAACAUGGCAGAUAGAACUGAAAGAUAUAGCGACAUUAGCUCGGAUUCAGACUCGGAUUUCAGCGGUUUAAGCGAUUCAACAGAUUACGCAUGUAUUGAAACGGAAGGUUGGAGUGUGGAGGCAGAUAGCGAAAACGAAAUUGAAGAAGAAACUGAAGCGAUUGAGCCAUAUCACGACGGACAAAGGCAACGCGGACGAAUUCGGCGAUCGCCUUCUAACCAACGAUUGCAUCUUUUGACCACAGGAGCAACUUAAAUCUGUCGAUUGGUAAGUGUUUGUUUGGCAUUAAAUGUGGGUAGAGGGAAAGGCUGGAUGCAAAUACAGCUAAUAGCAUGUUAGCAUCGAUUAGCAUGCCAUACUAAUCGAUGCACACUCCACGUAAGUCAACUUGAAUCCGUCCCUGAUCGUGUUGUUACACCCUCCGACAACACACAGACAAGGCAUGAUGUCUCCAAGGUACGGAAAACAGUCGAAAAAACUGAAAAUAACAGAGCGGAUUUGACUUUUGUGUGUAAUGUGUUUGAGAAAAUGGCGGAUUGUUUCCGUUUGUAACGUCACAGGUGAAAGGUCAUCGCUCCGACAGCGAACAAUUGAAAGGUGUUUAAAUCGCCAAAUUCACUCUUUUAGAGUUCGGAAAUCGGUUUAAAAAACAUUUGGUCUUUUUUUCUGCAACAUCAAGGUAUAUAUUGACGCUUACAUAGGUCUGGUGAUAAUGUUCCCCUUUAAGAAAAAGUACAAAUAAACCUCUGGACAAAACACUUCAAGUUUGUCAAAGUCUGAGGAAAUUGGUGCAGUUUCAAAAACACAGUAUGCUUGGACUUAGUCUCAGUGUAUCAACAAAGCCAGGAUUAAACUUUAAGUCACAGUCUUUUUGUGAUUGAACAAAAACAAAACAUGUAAGCUCUUCUAGGUAUCAAAUACCUCCUUUGUCAUGUCCACGUAUCAAUCGAGUGUUAACUCAACAAACCGUAACAAACGGAGGUAAAAACUAUUCAAAAUGGGUAAGUUCGACAGAAACAUUUUGGGGGCGUAAGGGUGCCAAAUGACGAUGUGUUCCAAUCAAAAGACGUAAAAUUACUGGUUUUAAGUUUCAUGUGGGUCGAGGAGGAGGAGCCACUGUCACCCUUUACUGUGUACCUCUUGCUUGGCCCCAGAAUAAACCGUUUGCUUGCCGAAAAGAAUUACUAUUGUGACAUCCAGUGGACACAUUUAGAAUUGCAGUUUCUUUCAUUGAAAAAAAAAAAAGCCGCUCAUUUUUACACUUGGCAAACUCAUCAUGCGGAUCGGAAAAAAACAUUUUUGGCUGUACGUUUGACACCCCUGCCCUAAAUAAUACCCGAAUAAGGAGGACUCUCUCCUCUUCAGCUGUAGCCACAUGUUUACCUUGUGUUACGUUACCGUACGGCAUGCCAGCAUUCUUGUUUACACAGCGGGCUUGACACUAAACAAGUCAAUUUAACUCGUAAGAAAACAAAAAACGUCAAACUUUUGUUGUACGCUGUAUCGCCUUGUGCUGGCAAAUAUUGUUUGUUGUUCUUAAACGAGACCAAUAAGUACUUUAAUUGCACAACUCAAAAUGUUUCUGAGUAAUUGUACAAGCAGCAUGUUAAUAUCCUAUUAAACGUCAUUUACGAUACUAUUUCUCCCAAGUGAAGUUACAAAACGCACUGACGUCGUGAUUUAUUUUCAGUAUUCAAAUUCAAACCAACGACUAAAACACAGUAGCUAAAACGUGUUUAGCCAUCUGAGCUAACAGAUGUUAGCAUUUUUAUAAAGGCUUCAAUAAAGACAUCAUUCCACAUAACUUGGACCUAGAAAUGAAUGCAGUUAUCAUAUACUAUGUACUGUUUAUUUACCAUUUAAUAUGCUAUGAACUGUAUAUGUACUAUGUACUAUGUACUAUACUUUGAAGUACUGCACUUGAAAGCACUAGCGUGUCAUUUGUACUAGAAACGUGAUGAUAGCUUCAACCACUUUGUGUCAUGAUCAUAAACAAAAUAGAAAUAUUUCCCUUGGAUUGAAUGCUGAACUUUGACCUGCGUAAAAAAAUAAAUAACAAUGUAUGAUAGAAACAGGAUAUAUUAUCAUCUCUAGUCUGUAGAUUUUUGUAACUCUUAUCCUCGCACAUGCAGUCAUUAAAGACUACGUUGAAGACAAA